CCACCCACCACACCCCCCCCCACACCAUCCCCCUCCCCCCCCCCCCACACCCCCCCACCCCCCCAACAACCCCCACUCCCCCCCCCCCUUCUCCACCCCCCCCACCCCCCCUCACCCCCCCCCCCCACCCCACCCCCCCCCCCCCUUCCCCCACCCCCACCCCCCCCACCCCCCCCCCCCACACCCCCCACCCCCCAAACCCCCCCCACCCUCCCCCCCCCCCCCACCCCCCCCCCCCCCCCCAACUCCCCCCACCCACCCCCUCCCCCCCCCACCCCCCCAACUCCCCCCCCCACCCCCCCCCCCCCCACUCCCCACCCCCCCCACCCCACCCCCCACCCCCCCUCCCCCCCCCCCCCCCCCCCCCACCCCCCACCCCCUAACCCCCCCCCCCCCUUCCUUCCCCCCCCCCCCCUCCCCCCCACACUUCACCCCCCCCCCACCCUACCCCCCCCACCCGCCACAUCACCCCCCCCCCCUCCCCCCCCCCCAUACCCCACACCCACCCACACUCCCAUCCCCCCCCUUCCCCCCCCCCCCCCCCACCCCCCACCCCACACACCCCACCCUACCCCAUCCCCCCCCCACCCCCCCCCCCCCCCCCCCCACCCCAACCCCCCCCCCCCCCCCACCCCCCCACCCCACCCCCCCCCCCCCAUCCCCCCCCCCCCCCCCCCCAUCCACCCAACCACCCCUCCACCCCCCCCCCCCUCCCACCCCCCCCCCCCCCCCCCCCCACACUACCCCCCCCCCCCACCCUCCACCCCCCCCCCCACCCCCACCCCCCCCCCCCCCCCCCCCCUCCACACCCCCCCACCACCCACCCCCACUCCCCCCCCCCCCCCCACACACCCCCCCCCCCCAUCACCCACUCCACCCACCCCCCCCCCCUCCCACCACACCCAACCCCCCCCCCCACCCCCCCCCUCCCCCACCCCCCCC